AUGGCGGCGACCCGCAAAAGGCAGGAGCUUGGUCAAAAUGGCGCCUUCUCAUUGGCUCACGCUCUACCUCCAUCCUCAGCUUUAUGCAACGUGGUGCUGCUGUGGCAGGGCAGGAUCAUGGCAGAAAACAAAUCUCCGUCUGCUAUCGACCCUGUCCUGACAUCUCGCGAUGAUGCCGCGCUGAUGUCCUCGCCACCCCGGCUGGCGGCCCCGUCCUUUGCCGAUGCAAGUGGGAAAGAACGCCGCCAGCCGUCCAUCACCCCUCGCAAGUUCCGCCGCUUCUUCACCCCUCGGUCUCGCGUGUCAGCCGAUCCCAGUGCCGCUCGACGGGCGCUCCGAGAUCUCACCGCCCGGUCUCUGAACCGGAACCUGGAUCCGUCCAGCAGCCCACUGCACUUUGGUUCGAGCCCGCUGGCAGCCCGCGACAAGAGCAAUCGCUGUGUCGAUGAGGCUAGUCCCCUGCCUCGCACAACGAAAAGACGCAAGACGGGCCAUCAAACGCCCGAGACGUCGCCUCUUCGAUCCGCGUCUGUGUUUCACGAUGCCGCCACGCCAGAGCCCGUAUCGCACACAGCCGUGGCUUCCAUGCUGCUGAGCCCUCUGGCUUCGUCACCGCUGCCCGCCCUUGUCGACGAGCCCGAGUCGGGAUGUGACGAGGACGAGUUCAGCAUGUCUGACGACGGCGAGCCGGAUCUGCCGUUCUCUGGACCGUCUUUCAAGAGGACGAUGCCACUGUCUGGACGUGGCUUUGCUGGCCAGCUUCUCCAGCGGGAGUAUGGAAUGCCAUCCGGGGCUGGCAACCACCAUCUUCCCCGGCCUGUGGCAGUCGGCGACGAGGAAGGAAGAGUUCGGCUUCUCGACACCAGCGCGGAAAACUACGGCAAGGAAUCCACCAGUUUUGGCGACAUCUACAUAUCCUUCCCAGCACACGGCAACGCAGUCAUCGAUCUUGCAUUUUCGGGUGACGACUAUCUCCUAGCCACUGCAUCGGGCGAUCAAACCGGCAAGGUCAUUGAUAUGAUGACACAGACGCCCAUCUCCAUCCUCGACCACCACACGGCCUCGCUCAAGCAGGUGCGCUUCCAGCCGGGCCGAGGCGAGGGUAACGUCCUGGCAACAUCGGGCCGGGAUGGCAGCGUCAAGAUCUGGGAUCUGCGCUGCAGAGGCGGCCCGGUGCAGGAAUUUGCAGUCGAAGAACGAGCACACGGUCUUCAGUUCAGCCUGCCGAAGAAGAUCAGCCAGGGCUGUGUGGUCAACAGCAUCUUUGAUGCCCAUGCGCGGACGACACGCCCGACACGCCAGAUGCGCAAGGCCAUGCAGGCCGCCGUGGCAGCCGAUGUCACGACCCGGUGGGAGGAGCCUGGCCGCGUCGGCGAGGUGUCUGUGACCGCCAUCCAGUUCCUGCCAGCGGGCAAAGAGCACCUACUUCUGUCAGCCUGCGAGGCCGAUGCGUCCAUCAAGCUCUGGGACAUCCGCAGCGUGCACACGUCGCGGCAAAAAGCGAGCAACCCGAUCUCGGCUACCGCGCCGCCGGAGAGCCACUCGCAGUGGCGGCCGUUUGGCAUGUCCUCUAUGAGUCUGAGCACCGACGGUGCUCGGCUGUACGGCCUCUGCAAAGACAAUACGGUCUACGCCUACUCGACCUCGCAUCUUGUUCUGGGCUCCGCACCCGAGCUCUCGUCCAAGGGCAACGACCAUCCCAGGCGCCGAAAUGGCAUCGUGCAAGAGGGCCUCGGGCCGCUCUACGGUUUCCGACACGACAAGUUCCACGCCACGUCGUUUUACGUCAAGACGGCCGUGCGGCCUGCCAAGGAAGGCCGGCCCGAACUCUUGGCCGUGGGCAGCAGCGAUGGCUGUGCCCUUUUGUUCCCGACGGAUGAGCGGUACUUUCUGGGCAACGGCGAGCAGUACGACGACCGCGGCCCCGUCUUCGGUCUGGACAACAGCGCACCGGCGCCGAUCUUCACGUCGCCGCCCUUUUCCAGAGCAAGCUCGCUGCCGCGUCCUGUGGCGGCGGACGGCGAUGCCAACAACAAUGGGGGUGGUGCUGCUGCCGCCUCAGCCACCACCAGCAUGCCAGGCCCGCCCCGACGACCUGGUGGCCUUUUCCGCACCAACAGCAUGUCCAGUGUGCCGGGCCGGCUCGUCGACACGAUUCCGAUUGUGCGCAACGGCACCGCCUUGGUACGUGGCCAUGAAAACAAGGAGGUCGGCGCCGUGUGCUGGACACACGACGGCAGUCUCGUCUCGGUCGGUGACGACCAUGCCAUUCGCUGCUGGCGCGAGGACCAGGAGAAGGCGGCGGCUCUCCGCAGUGGCGGCGAGGGUGAGGGCCGCCGGUGGGCGUCAAGCUGGGCCGACAUGGGGGAGAACUGGGAGGACGAUGUGGACGAAUGGUGCGAGGAAGAGUGA